AUGCAAUCAACUCUCCUAACCACCUGGCCCGCUUACAUCCUCUUCCAAGUCUGGAAUUGGCAAUACAUACUCAGCGGCAUCCUCUCAAUCAUCCUCCCAAUCAUCCUCAUUGUCUACAACGAUAUGAACUCGCGCCUCACACGUAUCCUUCUGAGAACUGAGCCAACGAUAUUCUACAUAAUCACGUUCUUCGUCAACUUCCUCAUGCACUCCGGCCUCCGUGUACCUAUUCCCUACACCAACGGAACGGAGCUGACACUAUUCCCACAAUUCGUGCCAAAUACCUGCGCGCAGAUGGAAGAGCUUACCGGGAGGCGGGACACGUGGCCAUGCCAUCGCGAAGCCAUGCUCACCUGA